CUUCGCUUUGUGUCCGUCCAUGUGUCUCCGGGUUGAUCAGCACUCCUCGUCGAUCGCGUAUUUCAUUCCGGAACCCUUUCAUCUUCACGGUCUGUGGUUUCUUUGUGUACGCUUUGCCGAGACUCUAUGUCGGUUCUUGUACAUCCGCAAUGGCGUUCCACAGCACGAAUCCGUUCUCCAGGAAGGCCCCGGACACUAAGCAGCCACCACAAAAUGAGAAGCCCGUACCAGACGAGAAGUCACAGCCGGUGAACACAGAUGACGAGCCGCCGCCCUACAGCGCCAGCAACGGCACCAACAGCAACUCUUUACAAUCACAACCACAAUCAGCCUCAUCUUCGGCGAUACCACCACCACCGCCGCCAUCCGCGCCAAUAUCGGCACAAGCACAGCAACAACCGCGCGUCUUCGAGACCAACCUGCUGCUCGGCGAACACUCCACCCGGCCCUUAUACGCGGUAAGCCAGCACUCGGGCUGGUCCGGCAACCCAGACGUCAUCCUGCACUGCGGGCCAGACACGCGCAUGCCGGCCCUCGCGUCCGCCGCCAAGGACUUUAGCUUCGGCAACCAGGGCCCGAACCAGAUCGUGCUGCCAGCCCUUGAUCCAUCUGGUGGUGGCGGCGGCGGCGGCGGGCAAGGUCUCAAUGGUGGCGGCAUGGCCGUCGUCACCGAGGAGCUCUGCGCGGCAGGCGGGUGGACGCCUAACAUGCUCUUCUCCAUCGAGGUCGGCCCGGCAGAUCCCCACACUCCUCCGCCGCGCAGGGAGAUGUUCGAGUGGCGGCACUCGCGCGGCGACGCGAUCGCCGGCCUCGGCGCCGCGGCGUACGGGUACAAGCUCGUGCGGCUGUCGAGCGAUCCCCCGCCGGGCCUGCCUCCGGGCUCCGCGCAGUUCGUGGGCGGCGGGCACGCGACGAGCGACGGGAAAGAAGUCGUCGCCGUGUUCGCGCGGGUCGUGGGCUGGGGCGGCGGCGACGGGACGAGGAUGCGGUUCAGGUAUCUGGGCACCGGGGCGAGCGGGCUGCUGGGCGAUCGGUGGGCGCUGAUGGCGGCGAUCACGGCUAUCCGGCUUUGGCAGAGGGAGCAGAGGAAUCGGAAGUGAUUCUGGGUAUUGCGGUGGAGGUGCUGAGCAGGACCAAGGAAGGAGAUGAUGAGAGAACAGAUUAUGAGAGGACAGAUGUGUGCGUGAGUACAGUUUGAGUGGCUCUCCGUUUGUUUUAUUAGCCUUCCGAAAAUUUGCAGUUGCCAUUUGCCAUAUUUCUUCGAGUAGGCGUCAACUGAAUGGAAGUGCAAGCAAUGUUUGGUGAUGCUACUCACCUUCUUAUCGUUCAAUGCCACAAUACUAUGAGUUCCGCCCCUUUGACAUCAGCCAUGGCUAGUCACGGUGAUCGACGCAUGCUUCAAGGCUCAAGAUGCGUAACAGCGAAAUCUGCAUGCUUGGGGGAUGAU